UGGGCGGGACUCGCGGCGGGAGCUGGGGCGUCUUCCGGGAGCGCGCGCUGGGGGAGGAGCGGCCGCGGCGCGGCGCGGCGGUCGCGGAGCCGCUGAGCGUGACCGUGCAGUGAGUCCUAGACUCGCCAUGUCAGGGAAACGGAAGCGUGUGGUGUUGACUAUUAAAGAUAAACUUGAUAUCAUAAAGAAACUCGAAGAUGGAGGCUCGUCCAAGCAACUGGCGGUGAUAUAUGGAAUUGGUGAAACGACAGUUAGGGAUAUCAGGAAAAACAAGGAAAAGAUUAUAACGUACGCAAGCAGCUCGGACUCCACUAGUCUCCUGGCCAAGAGGAAGUCUAUGAAGCCGUCCAUGUAUGAGGAGCUGGACCGGGCGAUGCUGGAGUGGUUCAACCAGCAAAGAGCGAGAGGGAAUCCCAUAUCCGGACCGAUCUGCGCCAAGCGGGCUGAGUUCUUCUUCUAUGCCUUGGGAAUGGACGGUGAUUUUAACCCCUCUGCUGGCUGGUUAACCCGUUUUAAGCAGCGGCACAGCAUUAGAGAGAUCAACAUUAGAAAUGAAAGAUUAAAUGGAGAUGAGAAUGCCCUGGAAGACUUUUGUAACAAUUUUCGAGAUUUUAUUGAACAAGAGAAUUUGCAACCUGAACAGGUCUACAAUGCAGAUGAGACUGGACUCUUCUGGAAGUGCCUGCCUUCCCGGACUUCAGUAAUCAAAGGUAAAUGCACUGUCCCUGGGCACAAGCCAGUUGAAGAAAGAGUCACUGUUAUGUGUUGCGCUAAUGCAACAGGCUUACACAAACUUAAACUCUGUGUUGUGGGCAAAGCAAGGAAACCUCGCUCCUUCAAGUCCACUGACACCUUAAACUUGCCUGUCUCUUACUUCAGCCAAAAAGGUGCUUGGAUGGAUCUUUCCAUUUUCCGGCAGUGGUUUGAUAAGAUUUUUGUGCCACAGGUUCGAGAGUACUUAAGAUCCAAAGGCUUGCAGGAAAAAGCCGUGCUGUUGCUGGAUAAUUCACCAACACAUCCAAAUGAAAACGUUCUGCGGUCAGAUGAUGGCCAAAUAUUUGCUAAAUAUUUACCACCGAAUGUGGCUUCAUUGAUUCAGCCUCUGGAUCAGGGAGUCAUAGCAACGAUGAAGAGAAACUAUCGUGCAGGUCUUCUUCAGAACAGUUUGGAGGAAGGUAAUGACCUGAAGUCAUUCUGGAAGAAGCUAACUCUGUUGGAUGCGCUGUAUGAAAUCGCCAUGGCCUGGAACUUGGUAAAACCAGUUACCAUUAGCAGAGCUUGGAAACAGAUUCUCCCUAACAUAGAGGAAAAAGAAGGCUCGGUCUUUGAUGAAGAAGAUAUUUCUGUGGCCACCGUUUUACAACAUACCAAAGGAUUGGAAAAUGUGACUCCUGAAAACGUUGAGAAGUGGCUUGAGGUUGACAGUACUGAGCCAGGUUACCAAGUGUUGACUGACAGUGAAAUAAUCAGAAGGGCCCAAGGCCUGACAGAUGAGUUCAGUGAAAAUGAGGAAGAGGAGGAAAUUGAACUGAUUCCAGAGAAACAGAUAAAUCACACAGCUGCUCUCCAAUGGACUGAAAAUUUACUGGAUUAUCUUGAACAACAAGGUGACAUGAUUCUACCUGAUAGACUGGUAAUACGUAAACUUAGAGCCACCAUCAGAAAUAAACAGAAGAUGACAAACUCAAGUCAAUAAUUGCAUUUGAAUUUUAUCCUUGUUAUAGUAAUUGUAUUUGUGACACAACCUCUGUGAUGUGGCUUGUGAUUUGAAUUGUCAGACAGUCCUGUGAAAUACGAAUCAAAAACUAUC